AUGGAACAUUGUAAAAUCAUCAAAAACUUUAAUCAAACAAGUGAUGACAUUAAUCAAAUCAAGCUAAAAAUCAGAGAUUGUAUUGUGACACAUUCUAUGAAACCUGCCAUUGGAUUCUAUAAAUUUUUAGCUAGAUUUUCUGGAAGGAGACGAAUGAAUCAUCAACAUCUUCAUGAGCUGUACAAUAGAUCGAUCUAUUUCUUUGCAAUUUUUUUAGUUUUAAGCUCAUCUUUACACAAAACAGACGCGUGUUCGAGUCGCACUACACCAAAGCCUCGACCACCAAGCUCCACACCUAGGCCAAAUAUAACGUUCCAUACGUAUAAAUGCCCUCCAGCCUAUGCUGCCUGGUAUUGUCUGAAUGAUGCUACCUGUUUUACUGUUAAGAUUGGAGAUUCGUUGCUGUAUAACUGCGAGUGCGCUGAUGGAUAUAUGGGACCCCGAUGUGAAUAUAAGGAUUUGGAUGGUUCAUAUUUGCCCACACGACCGAGAGUAAUGCUUGAAACAGCUAGCAUAGCAAGUGGGGCCAUCGGCUCGUUGGUUUUAAUAAUGAUUGGAUGGUGCUGCUGGUGUAUUCGAAGACAUCAACAACGUAAAUGGAUAGACAAGGAGAAUAGUGUAGACACUGUGGAUUCUCCCGGUAUUUUGCACGUUGUUCAUAGUGAACGUUUGCUACGACCAUUCGGGACACACCAUCUCAAAACUAUUCCCAUGAGUGAUUCGUUUAAACGAUAA